AUGGGAAAGCCACCAAAUUAUGAAGCGGUGAACAAAGGAAGAACAGUCUCAUAUGAAGAAGCAUUGAAGCUUGGAAGAUUCAACUCAUUUCUGAAGAAUCCUCUACCAGAGGAAUUCCAAUACUUCAAACCACAAGAAGAGACAUCUGAAUCAACUCAUAAUGACUUCAAGACAUGUUUUCCAAGAGGGUUUGCAUGGGAAGUCAUAGAGGUUUAUUCACCUCCUCCUUUGAUUGCCUACAAAUUUAGGCAUUGGGGUUUCUUUGAAGGUCCUUACAAAUCCCAUUCCCCAACCGGCGAAAUGGUCGAAUUCUUCGGCAUGGGAAUUCUCAAGGUAGAUUCAUCAUGGAAGGCUGAAGAAGGUCAUGUGUUCUUUGAUCCAGCUGAGCUAUUUGGUGGUCUUUUGAAGGGCAAAAAAACAGGUGAUUCGUCUGCCUCGGCCUGUCCACUCUUUGAUCAGCUGAAGUAGUUCCACAAACACAACAAAAGUUGAUCUGAAAUGAAUAAAAAUGUGUGUCUCCGACAUUCCCACCACUGUCCAUUAGUUCUAAUCUUGUUUGUUUGUAGUUCUUACGUGUUGUUGUUAUGCUUGUUCGUUGUAUCGUUUAUGUUGGUGUCUAUUAAAUAUGAAUGAUAAUAAGUGCGGUUUGUAUAUGAUA